GCACGCAUGUACGUCAACCCCGAGACGGGCGCGCAUAUCCCACUCUGCAAGCGGUGCCGCGCGGAAUGCACCACCCGGUAUGCGCCCCUCUCGUUCCAUACGCUAGAUGAGAUCUCCCGGCGCGAAGACCUCGAGUCCCUCCUCUACGCCCUCCUCGAGUUCUACCACGGCCGCCUGCCAUGGCAGGGCCUCCCCGAGCCGAAGUGGACAUCCAAGACCGCGCUCGCCCGCGACAUGAAGAUCACCGCGCCCUUCCACGCCCUCCUCGCGCGCUCGGCCCCCGAGUUCGCAGCGUACCACGCGCACGUCGCGGGCCUACAGUAUGGCGCGCAGCCGGACUACGCGCUGCUACCAGUGCGCGGGCUGUUCCGCGAGCGGAUGCGCACGAAGGGGUGGGCAUUCGAUGGAAACUUCGACUGGAUGGACGCGGCAGGGCUCGAAAAAGGAACGCUGCUCCCCGAGGAGUACGUGCUCAGCUUGGACUUGGGGGAAGAGAAGGAGUGGAACCCGCACUAUAUGUGA